CAUCAGGAGGCUCCCCUUUCCUCUUUCAUGGCACAGUCUACAUGGGCUGAAGGAGCCCUCCAUCCAUGCACCAGCAGCAUCAGGCUUUCUGGGCUCUUCACCAUGUGCCUGCCUUAUGUCUGUCUCCCUCAAAUCAACUGAUCUUGGACAAGGGGGCUGGGAAGAUGGCUCAGCAGCUAAGGUGCUUGAUACAUAGGCAUAGGAAGGAGAUUUCAGAUCUCUAGAAGCCACACAAAUCAAAGGUGUGUGCAGUGGCCCUGUAACUCUAGCCCCAGAGGCAAAUACAGGGUCCCCAGAGCAAACUAGCUAGCGAGACUAGUCAUGGAGGAUUGAUUUAGAGGCCUUUCCUCAAUAAAUAAGGUAGAAGAAUGAUCAUUAUAAUUCCUGAUAUCAACCUCAGGUGCAGACAGACAGAGACAGACAGACAGAUAGACAUGAAUUAUUAUGUAACAUAGAGUAAAUAGUAAAUUAAUUUGGCAGCUGUAUUUCUUUGCCUUUGCUGGUCCCCAAUAACCACUCAGAAAGGCUAAGAUUUAUUAAAAUUGCCUUGAUCCAGAUACUGAGCAAUCAUUACUCCAUUCUAACCUGCAAGCUGGCCAGCUUCCUCCCACUCAUAUCCCUGUUACGUGCAUGUCUCCUCUCUUGCUCCAGCUCUCUUCUGAUGCUUCCUCAGCCUCUCUUCAUGGCUUCCCUCCUUCCUUCCUGUCUCUUUCUCCACCCCUCCUAGAAUCACAAGUUCCACCUAUUCUCUCUAAAGCUCUGUAUUGGCCUGUUGGCUUUUAUUGGCAAGGCAGAGAACGAAUAAGGAACAAUGUUUCUACAAACUUGAGACAGAAGCUUCUCAGAGUUAAUAUAACAAAGCCAUGUGCACAGAUGGAAACCAGAGAGUGAGAUGAAGAAAUCAGCAUUUGAAAUAAUACAGGGGUAAACUUUACACGUGUACAAAAACAUUUCGCCAGCUCAGUUGUCGGCCAAGCUUGAACAGGAUAGCACCUCUGGGGGGAGAAUCAGACUUUGAAAGAGGUAAGAGCAAAGUCAGUACUUGCCUUAUCAGUAGCCUGCUCCUGACAGCCAGAGAACUUCUGGAGUCAGGGAGGAUGCUGGCAGGCCUGGCUUGCUGGCUGCCCGCCUUUAGCAAAGAACAGAGACAUGGCCCUGCCGCAUCGACACAGUGGUAUCAAAGCAGAUCAGCUGACACCACAGCCCCCAGAAGCAGCCUCUGAACAGCAUUCACAGGAGUGAGCUAUGCUUACUUCAGACCUCAGAGUCAUUUGUGAAGAGCUGUUUGCUGGCUCUUAGCUGUGUGAGCUUCUAAGAACUAGCACGCCAGCCAUGCAGGCUCUCUGGAGAUCUCAGAAGAAUCUGGGCUCAGUCUGCUGCCUGCCUCUGAGUGGCGGUGGCUGUUGGACAUCUUAGACAUCACUUGGCUUGUGGCUGCCCCUCUCCAGUGGCUGCAAUGCCUCCAUGUGGCCCUGCCUCCCCUGUGUGUAUCUGCCUCUUCUCAGUACAGCAGUCAGACUAGGUUUGCAAUCCCCUGAGUUCUAGGAUGACCUCAUCUAAACAAAUUGUGCCUAAGAAACCCAGACAUACAAAGAAACCCAUUCUGAGGCCUUGCAAAGACCAUGAGUUUUGGGAAGGACAAGGCUCAGUACAGAUGGCUGAGCCUGAUCACACACAGACCCCAAGAAGCAUGGCUCUGGUUUCAAGCACACACACUGCUCACUGUAGACAGAAAGGGGCUUAAACCUAUUCAAAUCCCUGGCACCUACUAGAUUGACAAUGCCCCUGAGGAGGUCAGGAACUGGACUUUGCGUUGGGCUCUGCCUUUGGGUAAGCCCUAAGAAGAGCAGCCUCUGACAGGCAGCACUGAAGCACAAGCCGUGCUUCAAGGGGACACUCGCCAGGAGGAUCCCAGGCUCGGGACUUACUAUAACACAGGACACUUGUCACCUGAAAGCUUGAGUCAGUCAGUUAUUAUGGUCUGUGUGUGAGAUACAAGUGGGUGCAUAGGCAGUGGUGCACACAUGUAGAUCAGACUUUCUACAGCCAAUUCUCUUCUUCCUCCUCUCCAUGGGUUCAGGGUCUUCAUCUCAGGUUGCACAGCGAGUUCAUUUAUGUGCUGUGCCAUCUCGCCAGUCGUUCCUAUAUCCUAGAGGAAAACUAGUUUCUUCUGGUCAAGAGGAGGAAAGAGUGGAGACCUGUCAUUCUAAGAUACCCAAAACAGGGCCAGGUUGGGGACCUGUGCCUUUAAUCCCAUCACUUGGGGAUUAGGUAGAAGCAAGAGGCUCUAGACCAGUCUACACACUGAAUUUCAAGCCAGCCUACCUAUAAAUCAGAGACCCUGCUUCAAAAAUAAAAUUAAACAAAAACGAAGAUAAACCAAGCUACCCAAAACACAAGAGUUAAUCCAGUCAGACAGGUCUAGCAAAUGCUAGGAUGAAAGGUGUGCACCACCACGAGUGGGCUGCAAGCCUCUCUCUCUCUCUCUCUCUCUCUCUCUCUCUCGUUUGUUUUGUUUUUCGAGACAAGGUUUCUCUGUGUAGCCCUGGCUGUCCUGGAACUCACUCUGUAGACCAGGCUGGCCUCGAGCUUCACUCUUAAAAGUUCCUCUUCCUCCUCCUCCAUCUUUUCCUCCUCUUACCCCCUAGGCUCCUUUUCCUCUUCUUGUCUUUCAGAUAAAGUCUCAAGUAGUCCAGACUGGUCUCAAACUAACUAACUAGCCAAGAAUAGCCAACCUCUUAACUUCCGAUUCUCCUGCCUCUGCUGAAUGCUGGGGUUGUGGCGUGGGCCACCACUUCUGGUUUGUGCAACACAGAAGGAACUAGGGCUUUAAGCACGAGAAGCAAGUUCUGUACAGACUUACACAGGCCCAGCAUCUGUUCUUGCAAUUUUCUGUAAGUUUGACAUAAUAUGAGAAUAAAAAGCUAUCUAUCUCCCUUCCAGCCUUACCCUCUCUGAUGGAAUUCGAAUGCGUAAUCAAAGCACCCAACAGCCUGGCCUGGAAUCACGUGGGGCGAGCCCACGUGACCGGAGCACCAAUCCAAUAUGGCGGCGCCCAGGGGGCCCGGGCUGUUCCUCAUACCCGCGCUGCUCGGCUUACUCGGGGUGGCGUGGUGCAGCCUAAGCUUCGGGGUUUCCCGCGACGAUGACCUGCUGCUGCCUUACCCACUAGCGCGCAGACGUCCCUCGCGAGACUGCGCCCGGGUGCGCUCAGGUAGCCCAGAGCAGGAGAGCUGGCCUCCGCCACCCACGAACCCCGGCGCCAGCCACCACGCGGCCGUGCGCACCUUCGUGUCGCACUUCGAGGGGCGCGCGGUGGCCGGCCACCUGACGCGGGUCGCCGAUCCCCUACGCACUUUCUCGGUGCUGGAGCCCGGAGGAGCCGGGGGCUGCGCGCAGAAGCGCCGCGCUACUGUGGAGGACACAGCCGUCCCGGCCGGUUGCCGCAUCGCUCAGAACGGUGGCUUCUUCCGCAUGAGCACUGGCGAGUGCUUGGGGAACGUGGUGAGCGACGGGCGGCUGGUGAGCAGCUCAGGGGGACUGCAGAACGCGCAGUUCGGUAUCCGACGCGAUGGAACCAUAGUCACCGGGUACCUGUCUGAGGAGGAGGUUCUGGAUCCCGUGAAUCCGUUCGUGCAGCUGCUGAGCGGAGUCGUGUGGCUCAUCCGCAAUGGAAACAUCUACAUCAACGAGAGCCAAGCCAUCGAGUGUGACGAGACACAGGAGACAGGUUCUUUUAGCAAAUUUGUGAAUGUGAUGUCAGCCAGGACAGCCGUGGGUCAUGACCGUGAGGGGCAGCUUAUCCUCUUCCAUGCUGAUGGACAGACGGAACAGCGUGGCCUUAACCUAUGGGAGAUGGCAGAGUUCCUGCGUCAACAAGAUGUCGUCAAUGCCAUCAACCUGGAUGGAGGCGGUUCUGCUACUUUUGUGCUCAAUGGGACCCUGGCCAGUUACCCUUCAGAUCACUGCCAGGACAACAUGUGGCGCUGUCCCCGCCAAGUGUCCACUGUGGUGUGUGUGCAUGAACCGCGCUGCCAGCCACCCGACUGCAGUGGCCAUGGGACCUGUGUGGAUGGCCACUGUGAAUGCACCAGCCACUUCUGGCGGGGCGAGGCCUGCAGCGAGCUGGACUGUGGCCCCUCCAACUGCAGCCAGCAUGGGCUGUGCACAGAGACUGGCUGCCACUGUGAUGCUGGGUGGACAGGAUCCAACUGCAGUGAAGGUGAGAGCUGCCUGCAAACACUCCUGGAGAGGGUGGCCUGGCUGCACGCAGCUGAGUGUCCUCUGGGCUGGUAUGGGCCAGGUUGCCAGAGGCCCUGCCAGUGUGAGCACCAGUGUUCCUGUGACCCGCAGACUGGCAACUGCAGCAUCUCCCAAGUGAGGCAGUGUCUCCAGCCAACUGAGGCUACGCCGAGGGCAGGAGAGCUGGCCUCUUUCACCAGGACCACCUGGCUAGCCCUCACCCUGACACUAAUUUUCCUGCUGCUGAUCAGCACUGGGGUCAACGUGUCCUUGUUCCUGGGCUCCAGGGCCGAGAGGAACCGGCACCUCGACGGGGACUAUGUGUAUCACCCACUGCAGGAGGUGAACGGGGAAGCGCUGACUGCAGAGAAGGAGCACAUGGAGGAAACUAGCAACCCCUUCAAGGACUGAAGAGCUGCCCCAACGGCAUGCUCCAGAUAAUCUUGUCCCUGCUCCUCACUUCCACAGGGGACAUUGUGAGGCCACUGGCAUGGAUGCUAUGCACCCCACCCUUUGCUGGCCAUAUUCCUCCUGUCCCCAUGCUGUGGCUCAUGCCAACCUAGCAAUAAGGAGCUCUGGAGAGCCUGCACCUGCCUCCCGCUCGCCUAUAUCUGCUGCCCAGAGGCCUGUCUCGCACAGGGGUCUCGCCACUGCCAAAGACUCCCAGGAAGCCACUAGCAAAUGGAACUCUGUAACCCCAUCAUGACAAGAGUGGCCACUCUCCGCCUGCACAGGGAUGAAAUAGAAAGCCUUACACACACACACACACACACCCUCGGCUCAGCCACGGCACUCGCCUUUUAUACAGCCUCAUCGCUGGACAGCCAACUAGAACUCUGCAUCCUGUCACAGGAAGCACCUCAUAAGAAGGGAUGGGGAGGGAAGGAAGUCGCCUUGUUUACAGACCUAUUUUUGUUGUCUUGUUCCCUAAAGGAGUUUUCUAACACUUGAAUAAAUUGGGAUACUAAAACAAGCCAC